AUUUGUUUUUUUACGGAAGAUCAUUCAUAUACAUUAUGAAUAGCGCAAAUAAAUAUUUACAAAGUGGACUAAGUAAACAGCAGGCUGACAAUCAAAUAAUGAAUGAUGACGUCUGCACAUCCUCCCAUGAUGAUGAUGAGAAGCAACUGCUUGUUUUACUCCAAAAAUUUAAUUUAGUUGAAGUCUUACGCUAUCUAAAAGCUGCAAAGGUGACUUAUCGUAGUUUAAAAUACAUGAAUUAUGAUGACAUGAAAGAAGCAAUACCACCUCUUGGCUUACGUAUGGAAUUCAGGGAAAAAUUGCUCUCCUGGAAAAAUGGAGAAUAUCAGUCAAACAAUGAUGGGAUGAAUGAGAAUACAAGUAGUGAAACUUCUACUUCAUUUUCGUUAAGCACAGCUAUAUCCUCUACACCAUUACGACACAUAUUGAGUAAGCCUUUAAGAGAUUUACUUAACAACAGUCCAGAAGGUAAGGCACUUAUUUUAUCCUAUUGUGAGAACCAAGGAUUAAAUUAUAAAAAAAGAGAGACAUUAAUCAAGAUUAUUGUGGAGGAUUUAAUUACACAUGACAUCAACUUAAAACCACAAGACUACGCAGCCUUAAUUGAUGAAAUAGUGUCAGUUUUCAAAACUGAAACAAUGUAUAGGGAUUACUAUUAUAUUCAUCGCACCAGUAAAAGAAAUCCAUCUGGAAAGUUGUACCUUAAAUACUCAAACAUGAGAAGUAAGAAAAUGAAACUAAACGUGCAGAAAUCGAACAAAUUCAUACAUAUGUCUGAAAUGAGCAUCAAAAUUAAAGAUAACAGUUUACGCAAUGCCUCUAAGGAGUCUUUAAGAAAAUCCGAUCAUUCAUGGAACGAAGAGAAAGAUACUGGCCGUGAAACAUUUCAAUGCCGUGGAAAGCAUUUAGCAGAAUUAAAUUCUUCGAAAAAAGUUUUCGCUAAUUGGGCAGUCUACGCUACUCCUGAAGCGGUUAGUUUGAUUCAAAGUGAUUUUGAUGUGAUUCAACCGGGAAAAAGUGAACAUUUAUUUUCUAAAUGGUGUCAUUUUAGUAUUAAAAUUAAAGAAUAUUAUAAAAAAAAUGUACAUAACAGCAAUUGUAAAAUGUUAUUGCAAUUACUCAAAGAUCAAGACACAGAUGUUGCUAACACUGAUAAUCAGAAGGAUUCAGGACCUGGCGGUAUUAAAAACAAAGAAGUAGCAAGUCAAAAAAUAAAAAAGACUAAAACAUUAAAAGAAGGAGCCCAUGUAAUAACUCCAGCUGAAAUUGGACCACAAAUUAUGUUAAAAGCGAAUGUAGUAAAUGAAGCAAAACAAAUUAUAGACUUUAUAAAUCCAGAUCCUUCUAAACCUCCAAAACCAGGGCAUGAAGACGACGAUUGUGUUGAAAAUGUUGAAAUAACUAAGCAAGAACAAGAAAAAGAACUUAUAAUGGAGGGUAAUGCUAAACAACUUACUGGUGUUAAACUUGAUCAACAAGCAAUUAUUGAUCUAAACAUAGCUAGUAAAGUCAUACAAAAAAUUAAGUGUAAGUCACGAAAAACUACAACAAAAAAGCCAACUACAUCAACAAGAAAACCAACACAUAAGCCAACCACGUCAACUAGAAAACCGACACGUAAGCCAACUACGACUACGCGAAAGCCAACAACGACUACACGAAAGCCAACAACAACUACGCGAAAGCCAACUCGUAAGCCAACAACGACUACGCGAAAGCCAACAACGACUACACGAAAGCCAACAACAACUACGCGAAAGCCAACUCGUAAGCCAACAACGACUACGCGAAAGCCAACUCGUAAGCCAACAACGAGUACUCCAAAGCCAACUCGUAAGCCAACUCGAAAACCAACACGAAGACCAACAAGAAGACCAACACGGAGACCUACACGGAAACCAACACGAAAACCAACUACAACAACACAAAGGCCGACAACUUCAACUCCAACACCAACGACGUCAACAUCAACUUCAACAUCAACAUCAACUUCAACUUCAACUUCAACAUCAACUACUUCUACUCCAACACCAACCACACCUUCUACAUCAACUUCAACUCCAACACCAACUACACCAACAACUUCAACUCCAACACCAACUACACCAACAACUUCAACUCCAACUCCAACACCAACCACAUCAACUUCAACUUCAACUUCAACUCCAACACCAACGCCAACUACACCAACUACAUCAACCUCAACUCCAACUCCUACUACACCAACAACUUCCACUCCAACACCGACGACCUCUACUCCAACGCCGACAACAUCAACGUCGACAUCAACACCAACACCUACACCAACAACUUCAACUACUCAACAACUGCCUAAAAGUACAACACCACGACGACGUUGCUAUCGUCGUUAUUGUCGUAAGUGGCGUAAUAGACCCAUAUACAGAUGCUGUACAAACUGUGAUGGACUUUCAGCAUAUCCUCGCCCUAAAUAUAGCUAUCAUUCCUACGCAUCAAAGAAGUACCCAUAA